CCUCGUGAUCCGCCCGUCUCGGCCUCCCAAAGUGCUGGGAUUACAGGCUUGAGCCACCGCGCCCGGCAGGGCUGAGAUUCUUAAAAACAAAAAUCACAUAACCACAGUUGUAUUAUCAUGCCUGAGGAAUUUACGGCGGUUUCUUGGUUAUCUUCACCUUUCCCUAAUUGAAGACAUGUUAUUGCAGUUAAUUCGCACGUUUCCCUUUCAUACUUGGAACCGUUUUGUUGGGUCAUCAGGUCUGAUCACCACAGACACGUGCUGCUGGUGGGGGUGGGGGUGGGGGUGGGGGGCAGGAUUAGCCUCGUGUCCCGGCAGGUCUUUCAGCAGGUUGGCUCAUAGUAUCCACUGAAAUCAAACACGAGGGAGAGACAAGAUCUGUACGGGGCAGGCAUGCUGAGUGCCAGCUGUGCUUGGGGAACUCCCCAUGUCUCUUGGGGUGGGUGAUGCCGUAUGCAUCUUAAUAUCUGGGGAUGGGAAACAGUGGGGGCGAAAGAUCCAGCCUUUGCUGAUCACCCAGCCAGAGUCGUCUGGAAAUACAUAGACAUUUAUCCUCACACUUUUUGUUUACAGUUAAGAUUCUAAUUGCAUACAAUAUGCGAUUUUUGGUUUUUUUUCCAGUUUUGAUGAAGUGUAUUAUGGGCAGUACAUCUCUUUUUACAUGAAACGAAUCUUCUUCUUGGAUGACAGUGGGCCGCCAUUUGGCCACAUGGUGCUGGCCUUGGGAGGUUAUUUAGGAGGAUUCGAUGGCAAUUUUUUGUGGAACAGAAUUGGAGCAGAAUACAGUAGCAAUGUGCCUGUGUGGUCCCUGCGCCUGCUGCCGGCGCUCGCGGGGGCCUUGUCCGUCCCCAUGGCCUACCAGAUAGUGCUGGAGCUCCACUUUUCUCAUUGUGCCGCCAUGGGAGCUGCUCUGUUGAUGCUUAUCGAGAAUGCUCUCAUCACUCAGUCAAGGCUAAUGCUUUUGGAAUCAGUGUUAAUAUUUUUUAAUCUGUUGGCCGUGUUGUCCUACCUGAAGUUCUUCAAUUGCCAAAAGCACAGCCCUUUUUCUCUGAGCUGGUGGUUCUGGCUAACACUGACUGGGGUUGCUUGUUCCUGCGCAGUGGGCAUCAAGUACAUGGGUGUGUUCACAUACGUGCUCAUGCUGGCGGUUGCAGCUGUCCAUGCCUGGCACCUGAUUGGAGACCAGACUUUGUCCAAUGUCUGUGUGUUCUGUCACUUGCUUGCCCGAGCAGUGGCUUUGCUGGUCAUCCCGGUCGUCCUGUACUUACUGUUCUUCUACGUCCACUUGAUUCUGCUCUUCCGCUCUGGGCCCCAUGACCAAAUCAUGUCCAGUGCCUUCCAGGCCAGCUUAGAGGGAGGACUAGCUCGGAUCACCCAGGGUCAGCCACUGGAGGUGGCCUUCGGGUCCCAGGUCACUCUGAGGAACGUCUUUGGGAAACCUGUGCCCUGCUGGCUGCAUUCCCACCAGGACACCUACCCCAUGAUAUAUGAGAACGGCCGAGGCAGCUCCCACCAGCAGCAGGUGACCUGUUACCCCUUCAAAGACGUCAAUAACUGGUGGAUUGUAAAGGAUCCCGGGAGGCACCAGCUGGUGGUGAGCAGCCCUCCGAGACCCGUGCGGCAUGGGGACAUGGUGCAGCUGGUCCACGGCAUGACUACCCGCUCCCUGAACACGCAUGAUGUUGCAGCCCCUCUGAGUCCCCAUUCACAGGAGGUCUCCUGCUACAUUGACUAUAAUAUCUCCAUGCCCGCCCAGAACCUCUGGAGACUGGAAAUUGUGAACAGAGGAUCCGACACAGACGUCUGGAAGACCAUCCUCUCAGAGGUCCGCUUUGUGCAUGUGAACACUUCUGCGGUCUUAAAGCUGAGCGGGGCUCACCUCCCUGACUGGGGGUAUCGGCAGCUGGAGAUCGUCGGGGAGAAGCUGUCCAGGGGCUACCACGAGAGCAUGGUGUGGAACGUGGAGGAGCACCGAUACGGCGCGAGCCAGGAGCAGAGGGAGCGGGAACGGGAGCUGCACUCACCUGCGCAGGUGGACAUCAGCAGGAACCUCAGCUUCAUGGCGAGAUUCUUGGAGCUGCAGUGGAGGAUGCUGGCGCUGAGAAGCGAUGACUCGGAACACAAGUACAGCUCCAGCCCGCUGGAGUGGGUCACCCUGGACACCAAUAUUGCCUACUGGCUGCACCCCAGGACCAGCGCUCAGAUCCACCUACUUGGAAACAUAGUGAUCUGGAUUUCGGGCAGCCUUGCCCUGGCCAUCUACACCCUGCUGUCCUCGUGGUACCUGCUCCGACGGCGAAGAAACAUCCAUGACCUCCCUCAGGGUUAGUACAUCUCCUACGUGGCUUUUUUCCUUUUAAUAUAGAGAUGGGGUCUUGCUG